UUUGAUUUCCUUUGGUCCCCCAACCAAACACUCCGUAGUUGAACAGUCAGGUCUUGGAGUUUAACGUGUUUAGUUUUUUCUCUCUCUCAAACUCUCGUAGUCAUCGCGUUUAUCGUCGUCGACUCAGAUCACUGCUCUUCGAUCUUCUGUGAGACACCUUCUAUCUCCUCUCAAGUGUUCCUGUUUGGGGUUUGAUUGAAUUAGGGUUAAAUUUCAGCAAUGAAUUAUAUAAUUGGUGCUUUUAAGCCGGCAUGCAACAUUUCAGUUACAUUUUCGGAUGGAAAAUCUCGAAAGCAGGUGGCACUGAAGAAGGAGAAUGGUCAAACAGUAAUGGUCCCACUCUUUCAAAGUCAAGAAACGAUAUCUGGGAAGAUUUCUGUUGAACCAGUUUCAGGGAAGAAGGUUGAACACAAUGGAAUCAAAGUUGAGCUUCUUGGCCAGAUAGAAAUGUACUUUGACAGAGGCAACUUCUAUGACUUCACUUCUCUGGUUCGCGAACUGGAUGUUCCUGGAGAAAUAUAUGAAAGAAAAACAUUUCCAUUUGAAUUCUCUACCGUCGAGAUGCCAUAUGAGACAUACAAUGGGGUAAAUGUGCGGCUAAGGUAUGUCCUAAAAGUGACAAUAAGUCGGGGUUAUGCUGGCAGCAUAGUGCAGUAUCAAGACUUUGUGGUUCGAAAUUAUAGCCCUCCUCCAUCAAUCAACAACAGCAUCAAGAUGGAAGUUGGAAUUGAAGACUGCCUUCAUAUUGAGUUUGAGUACAAUAAGAGCAAGUAUCAUCUGAAAGAUGUUAUUAUUGGCAAAAUAUAUUUUCUUCUUGUAAGAAUCAAGAUUAAAAAUAUGGAUCUCGAGAUUAGACGCAGAGAAUCAACGGGAUCAGGGUCAAACACCCAUGUUGAGACAGAGACACUUGCAAAGUUUGAACUGAUGGAUGGUGCUCCAGUCAGAGGCGAAUCAAUUCCAAUCAGAUUGUUCCUAAGCCCCUAUGAGCUAACUCCGACAUAUCGAAACAUCAACAACAAAUUUAGCGUGAAAUAUUACUUGAACCUUGUACUUGUUGAUGAAGAGGAUCGUCGAUAUUUCAAGCAACAGGAAAUCACAAUGUAUCGGCUUGGAGAAACAUCCGAAGCUACCUUAUGAACCGUUUGAAGAUUGCUGCCUCUGACGCUAUAUAAAGUUCCAACCUCUAAGGAUUCUUGUGUGAGACAAACUGCAAUCCUAUUUACUGUGAAGGACAAGAACAGCUUUUUCUUAUUGUUCUCAUCAGUUAGGCCAUCUUUGAUACAAGAUACACAGAAUACAGGAAGGAUUUCUGUACAUGGGCUGCCCAGAGAUCUGGCUGGUUUUGGAAUGAAUUAUGAGAUUAUGAUGAUUGCCUGAGCACAGGCCAUUGUGUUUUGCCGGGAUCGGUUCUUCUGUAUUCUCACUGCUACUCAUUGAGGUUUGGUUCAAGUCCUUUUAGUGUUAGGUUUUGCCAGUUUUUCUUCAAUGAUAUUUUCCUGUAUGUGCUGUGUAUGUUUGCCUCUUCUUUCUUACUUCAUUUGUGUUUAUGAUGAAGCUUUACACUAACUUUGUGAUGGUAUGCAAUGGAUUUCUUCAUCCUUAGGGUUAAUAUCUGACU